UUAAAUUCAAUCGUCGGCUCAAGUUGCCGCGUAUAGUAUAAGAUCUGCUUAGGAUUUAUCGCAAAGACAUGUUUUUACUUGGAAAAGUUGUGAUAUCAGUAUUUUUUGUAACAUGUCUACUGGAAAAGUCAGUGUUUGCUCAAGGAGGAUAUCUUCCCAUCAUUCUAUGGCAUGGAAUGGGAGACAGUUGCUGCUUUUCCUUCAGUCUGGGCCAGAUUGAGACGAUUCUCAAAGAUGAAUUACCUGGGGUCUAUAUCAAAUCUAUUAUGAUUGGCAAUAAUGAAGUGGAGGACGUCAAAAAUAGUUACUUUGGAAAUCUGAACGAUCAGGUUCAAAAGGUUUGCGAUGAAAUUAAGAGCUCACGUGAAUUUAGUAUCGGAUACAAUGCUAUUGGUUUCUCCCAGGGAGCUCAAUUACUGAGAGCUUUAGUGCAACGUUGCGAUGGUCCACCGGUGUAUAAUCUUAUUUCAUUGGGUGGCCAACAUCAAGGAGUGUACGGAUGGCCGAAUUGUGCCUCACUCGAGCACAAACUCUGUGACUAUUUACGCAGAUUACUAAAUUAUGGAGCUUACACAUCGUACUUGCAAAAUCAUUUGGUUCAGGCUCAAUAUUGGCACGAUCCUUUAGAUGAAAGUAAAUAUGCACGGAGGAGCCUUUUUUUGGCUGAGAUCAACAACGAGUAUGAAAUUAACAGUGAUUACAUAAACCGUUUGCAGUCAUUAACGAAAUUAGUUUUGGUCAAAUUUGAAAACGAUACAUUGGUUCAACCUAUUGCAACGGAAUGGUUCGGUUUCUAUGAACCUGGCCAAGCGACUGUGGUGCAACAAUUGCAGCAGACCAGACUAUUCAAGGAGAAUCGUCUCGGCCUACAGGACAUGUACUUGAAUCAAAUCGACUUUCUCUCUGUGCCCGCCAAUCAUCUGCAAUUUACCGACGAGUGGUUCGUCGAGAAAAUUGUUCGAAAGUACCUCAAACCUCCGAUCCCUAAGUCGUGUGUACUUGGUGCGAAACUCUGCCCUGAAGAACCGAAGUCAUGAACUAAUAGGGAAAGAAGUUCUCUCCCGAUAACUAUUUAGCGAUAUAUCUGUAACUGUGAUUACUCUUUGAAUACUAUUUUUUAUGUAUGUAUCCAUGUAUUAGUAAUUUGCCGCGAAACUCUACAGUUUCUUGACUUUAAGAGGUAAUUUUAUACCGUACGAUACCUUAGUGAUAGUAUCAAUGCUUUUUUAAUUGAAUAAGAUGAUUAUAUUUACAUGGAUAAUAUUGUCGUUUUGUAUGUAAAUAAAUAAAUAAAUAAAUAUUAGAAGGACUGGAAA